AUGGAAGCGGAAGCUGCGUGCCGCGUGACGUAUCACUUGCAAGCUGCAACGGAACUGAACUAUUGGAUUGGAUUACAUUGCAGUAGCCAUAUAAAUAAAGUUACCAAUCGCCGCUUGCACCAAACACUCAAAAUGCUGUCAGCUGUUGUCAUCAUUAAUCUCUGCCUGAUCUCACUCUGCUGCCGAGUGGACGCUCAGCAGCAGUUGCCUGCUUACUACUCGCAAGCCGAACUAUAUGCCAUGCCUUGGGAGACUGUAGCGCCAGCUUCGUUACAGAGCUUAACCUACACAGGUCCACAGAGAUUUCCGUCUUCAUCACCAGUACCAGCAGAAGUAUCUCAACAGACGCCAAUAUCCAUGGGUCUGUUUAGGCCUCAUUCGUUGCAAACAUCGUCUGCAACAGCCGGGUCUGAAACCAACUUCAAGCUGCCGUUCAGACCUUCUCCGUUUGCCGGAUAUAGUGAUGGGAAUGAGGAGCAGUCACCACAGCUGCAGAAACAAGAGCAACAGUUACGGCCUCCUCUGUCCCGACCAGGGGAGCUUCCUUUCCACGCACCUGGAUACUAUAAUACCAAGCCCAUUGGCGGACCCAGUACAAAGAAGAAUUCCGAUCCCAGGAGUUUCACGUAUAUGUCGCCCAGUUACCUUUACAACUUGUUUAGAAACUAA